AGACGGCGCGAGUUGGACACGAGGCCGCGGAGCCCUCGCGCAAAGGGACACAGGACAGACGUACUCGGACAUCGGGCGAGAGCGGGCGGCCGGCCGCGCACCUGCUCGUACCGCUCCGCACGCGACAUACUACAUCGCGAGACAUUAUUCAAAUUGCAAACUAAAUAGACUAUAAAUUUCUAUUAAAUUCUGUUGUUCCGUUAUAAUUUUGAGAAUUUUAUUUUACGUAUUGGACUCGAAAUUUAUAUUUUAAAACAGUGAAUUUAUCCGGUGAAAAUUUAGCGACAAGUGUAAAUAAAGCAAAAUAGCACAAUCAGCUGUAGAUGCGAACAGAUUAGAUAGGACAUUGAGACGUUGAUUCGAGUGCUCGAUAAGAUCUCUAUGUAUCUUAUUUUAAAAAUAAAUAGUUUGUUGACACGUGAACUGAUUUGCAGUAUGAAAAGGAAAAAGUUAACGUGUUAAUAUGUUGCGAUGAUGCAUUUGGGAAUGACGAAAACUCUCGCUGAAGAUCACCGUCGGACUUCUGAUAAUAUUGUGAUAGCGAGAUCUCUACCGAAAAGGUUCUAAACAGGACGAUAAGGCGGACCGACGGCGGCACAAGUGAAGUGCGCUAACAAACUGUCGUAUGAUAACAAGAUAUUAAGAUAACAUUUUUAGAGGAUAAGAGAAGUUAUCGAAGAUCUAAAAAUAGGUGACCAAAUCAAGAUGAGAAUCAAGAUGCCAGCUGUACGCAUCGCGCAAGCGGAUGCGGACAGCGCGGCAGAGGGCGGAGGCUCUCCAACGCCUGGAGUACCAGCCGAUACCCUCACAUGCGGAGCGUGUCGGAGGGCUUUCGCGUUGGCUGACAUCGUUCGGUUCAUCCAACACAAGGUCUCCUCCUGUGAUAAAGACCUCACUUCCUACCACUGCUUCAGUGCUGGUCCGAAUUCCGACCCAGAGGAUGGUUCAAGGCCAGGACAGCUGGGGACGGGGAACUCCAGUGGCAGAAGACCAUCGCUGUUGACUGCUAGAAGACCUCCGAGCAGUCGAGUCCACACACCUCCCUUGGCUAGUCCGUCGAUAGCGCCUCCUGACUUAUUGGAAGACGGUGGUGCAUCCAGCACACCAAAAAGAUUACUGGACGAUGCAGACGCGCAAGUGUCAACGCCCAAGAGAAGAGCAUCUACAUCACCGAUGCCUUCAAGUUCUCCCGAUGAAGACAUCAAACCGAAGAUCAAACAGGAACACAUGGACACGUCUGGGUCUCCUGAGGACCAAAAGAAAUCUAGAACAGAAAUGGCAGACGCUGAAUCCAAUACAAUGCAUAGUGAACCGAGCAACUAUGUCUGCUCAACUUGCAAGGCUCGCGUGCAUUCUGCGUGGCGCUUAGUGCAGCAUGUGCAACAUGUGCAUGGUGUGAAGAUAUACGUGGAGAGCAUGCCCCAGCAGCUUCCUAAUAAGCAAAACCAUUCCACAUCAAGCUCAUCAUCGAGUAGCUCAGGCUGUUCUUCGACUGGGGCGCCGCUACCACCGCCGUCUCUGCGCCACCAUCCACUAUUACCACCACCAGAUAUGCAUUCCCCUUUUGGUGUUGGUGGGCUUUUGAGAAUGCCAUUACCCGGUAGCUUACCACCUCUAGCCCACCCAUCAGUUCCACCUACACCACUGUUCGCUCGUCCAAACCAUCAUGAUCAUCGUUUUAGGAUGGAGCAACUAGUAUCGGAACAAUUUCGCCAUCACGGUCUCAACUUAGCUGCAGCGGCGGCGGCCGUAGCGGCUAACUCUCUUCCACCACAUCAGGCAUUUCCAUCACCUGCCGAUAGACCACCAGUAGUUCCCACAUCACUAUCAGCUCGAGAGCGACCUCCAGUUUCACAACCUUUAUCUUUGGAACCCCAGCUGGAUUUUUACUCGCAGCGCUUGCGGCAACUGGCCGGUACGACCAGUCCAGGGGCGGCCACAGGCAAUUCCAGCUCUCCUAGCCCCAGGAAGCAUUCACCUCCGUUCGCUUCCCCGUCGCCCUCCAGAGUCGGCCAGACUCCUCCGGCGGGCGCCGGACCAGGAACGGUGGACGCGCCUCGUGAAGCUACGAGAGCGCACAGCUCCAUCUCGCCUGAACGACGCGUGGAGCCACAAACGGCAGACGCGCCUCCUGAGCGCCCUUCAUCAUCCCCACCGAAUAAGCGCACAGAUGAAGCCAAUCACACCUGUGAAUUCUGCGGUAAAAAGUUCCGAUUUGAAAACAGCCUGAUGGUUCAUCGGCGAAUACACACUGGAGAAAAACCAUUUAAGUGCACUGAGUGUGAUGAAGCUUUUGAAAAAUCUUCCAAAUUAAAAAAGCACAUGAAAGUGCAUCGAGGCUCAGAAGGUAACAAUGAGGAAGGUGAAUCGGCUGGUGACACUGGUGAGGAUGAUACGGAAGAUGAUUUGGAGGAUGAGGAAUUAGAUGGGGAAGAGGAAGAAGAAAAUGAUGACGGGGAUGAAGUUGAAGAAGCUGAAGACUUAACUGUUUCAAAUAGCAGUGCACCUUCUGCACCCACACGAAAACAAACACCCGCUUUGCCAGCACAUCCACCAACUGCAUCCGUUGUUGGUGAAUUGAUGGACAAGUUUGGUUUAUCAAACAUAGCACAAUAUAGUGAGGCAUUCAAACAAGCUUUGCAAGAGUCUGGUAACUCUCUUAAAUGGCAGUUAGCUAAAGAUCGUGACAAUAAUAACGGUCCUCCCUCUGACAAACCAAAUGGAAUGCCACCGACAGCUGCAUUGCGGUUGAAAGAAGAAUUCGCGAAAAUGCCACCUCAACCACAUCCAUUGUUCAACCCUUUCGAGAGUCCAUUCGAAGCUUCGAAGCGUAUGAAACUAGAAAUGGAUAGAGGUGAAGGUUGGUGGUUGCCCACACUUCAUGCGCAGCGACCGCCAGAAAAUAUAUUUGACGGUCUGAAAAACAGCAGCAACGGGCUACUACAAAACCCUUUACUGAAGUCCAAAGAUGGACGACGUAAUGAUACUUGUGAGUUUUGUGGAAAAGUAUUCAAGAACUGUUCUAACUUGACUGUACACCGACGAUCUCAUACUGGUGAAAAGCCAUAUAAAUGUGAGCUCUGCUCAUACGCUUGUGCACAGAGUUCCAAACUAACAAGGCAUAUGAAAACGCAUGGUCGAUUAGGCAAAGACGUAUAUCGCUGCAGGUUUUGCGAGAUGCCCUUCUCGGUUCCUUCAACUCUGGAGAAGCAUAUGCGGAAGUGUGUUGUGAAUCAGAGUAACGGUGGUGCUGCUCUCGCUCUUUCCGACGAUUCCAAUGCUUGCCGCGAUGAGGCAUCGUGACUCUACCCCUGGGGUGGCCUCCGUUUCCCACCUCCUGCGCCACCCAGCCAGAUUUUCUAGAAAAAACAAUUCGCUUGAACGUUACUUUGCUUCUUGCAAUUAAAAAAGUUCAAUUUCUAGUCUUUAGAAAUCAUUGAUGUGGCGAAAUUGUAAUAUGACUAUCGCAAUAGCUUCCGAAAGGGGCACUUUCCUUUAGUGACAUAUCGUUUGAGCCAGUGUUAAGAUUUCCCGUUACGUUGUUAAUGUUACUUUGAAAGUUUUUAGUUAUUUUCUUUCAAGGCUGUACAUGAUCUUUACGUUAUAUUUCAAGUUCGUUUUUGUUUUAUUGUAGAAAUGUGGAAACCAAUGCCAAAGUUAGCUACGUUGAUUUAUACAGUAAUUAGUUUUAAGCUGUAUAGUGUCAAUUAAAUAUUUUUUCCAGUAAUUUCUAAGAUCUUCAUAGAUUGAUGUAGUAAUUGUGUAUUUGUAUAAGCUUUUUGUUAAUUUUAGUGUAUUUUGUAUAUUAAUAAACAAAUGUUUCCUAUCCUAGAUAACUUAUGUAAAUAGUAAUUGUAAAUGGAGUACCUACUUAUUGAUGUUCAUAUUUAUAAAUAUGUUUGGCAAUUUUAAAAAUUACAUGUUCUCGGCAAAACGGUGAGUUUCCUGUAAACAAUAUAAUAAGGAAUGUAGAAAACAAAAUUGGAUGCGAUUAAGGGUAGAUGUUAAUGACAAGGUAAUGUGUAAUUAGUCUUAAAAUUUAUUAAAUUAUUCUGCGAGGCGUAUAAUCUUCAUUUCCAAACGUUAACUUCCUGUGGGUGGCAAGCCAGUUAUUUUAUUAAGACUGAAAAAUAUUCCAGUUUUGUUUUUUGUGAUUCGUGGAAGUAUGUUCACUCGUACCUAAAUUUAGUCCAAGUGUGAAACCUUUCGGUAUACGUACUUAAUGUAAAAUAUAGAAUUUAUAUUAGAUAAUUUUAAGUAAAUUAUAAUAGAUGCGUACGUUAUGUCUCCAAUAGUUAUAUCCUUUCCCAUUUUUUUGUGUCCCGAUUAGGGCCUCUUUUAGUGGCUUUUAUGAUAUGAUAUUCAUUAUAAAGGCCAAUAAGACGGG